AUGUUUUCAGUGCUGAAUCCUCCCAAGGAGGAUGAUGUGAAUGUUUAUAGGAGUAAUCCUCCUUUGCCAGGCAUAUUUCGUCCAUCCCAUCUUAUUCCGAGUGCUUAUGCCAAACUUGUGUCUGAUUCUGAAGAUUCUUCCGAAAUUGAAGGCUUUAGUUCUAAUGAUGAAACUGAAAAUUCAGAAGCUGCAGAAUCAGGCGGGGAUGAUGACAGGACAGAUAGUCCCAAUCGGAGCGAGGACACCCGUUCGGGUCACCCAACGGGUACUCGCUCAACUAUGAGGAAGCGGAGCAGCUCCUCACAGACUACUAGCAACAGCGACACAGUCUUAGGGAAAGAUGCUGAUGACGACUCAGCCCCCAAAUCGGCAGUGCAGAAACCUCUGGGUACUCCUGGUAUGAGUGCUCGUGAGACUGAAGACAUGGUGAACUCCAUGCUUCGGGAUUCUCCGUUGCCUAACACCGAGAGGAGCGAUGAGAAGCUCCCAGAGGAUGAUGGAAGCAGCAAGCUUCCAGAGGAAGAGGAUGAUGGCGAGAAGCUUCCCGAGGGAGGCAACGAUAAGCUGCCGGAAGAGACCCCUGCAGAUUCCCAGAAUACGGGGAAUAUUGUAGGGAAGAUUGAAGAUGUGCCCAAGAGGGCUGUGAGGCACUGGGUCGGGAGGCUGGCCAAGCUCGGGAUGAUACAGAGCUGA